AUGAAGCUGCAAGACAUCGCUGUUGACCAUUACGAUGAUGCUAAUAUGACCGUGUCGCGAACGAAACGUCAAUUCCGAUGCCCACCUACUUGCUUUUCAACGUGUACCAACAAUUAUCAGUGCCAAAUGCUCCCAGUGGUGUCGGUCUGUGUGCAGGGAUGUUGCUGUCCAACGAACAAUGUCAACCUUGAGACGGCAUGCUCGGGUGGUCCAGCGGUGGCGGCGUGCUUGGCCGGACUAUGUGGUCAAGGAUACUUCUGCACCGCCAACAACUUUUGUUGUCGCUGUCAGUCUGGAAAUACAACCGGCCCAUGCGUUAAUCAAGAUUGCCCCGUUGGCUACAUGUGCAACACGAAUAACUUCUGUUGUCCGCUUGGCUCCGGUGGUGUUUUAGGUUCGUGCAAAUUUUUAAAAGUAAAAUACAUUUUCUUAACCCGUAGUGAAGCGGGUGACAAGUGA